AUCUAACUUCUGUUCAACAACAUCUUGUUCCCAGCGAGAAAAGGCCCACGACGUUCGAGAUUAUCCCCCCCCUCUCACGCCCAAUUCUUUGGCUCAUCAGUCAUCAAAAGUUGUACCACACACCUCCGCAAAGUGAACAUUGAUUGUUGCAACUUUUUCCUCUUACAGGCACCCCGUCUCAUCUUGAAGAUCCCCCGUACCGACCAAGAAGUUUUUCGGAUAUGUUGAUUAUAUGCAGCCAAUUACCGUUUGUAGCGACUGACAGGAUUCCCUUUUGCCUCUCAGACCUCGAUCCUCGACUUGCCCCUUCUGCCACUGACAGACGCUGGCGGCUUGCAUGAUUUGCAUGAUAAGCUAUAAAUCGCUCCCCCAACUCCUCUUCCUUGGCUUUUCUCUUAUUAAAUACCGAGCUGGCUUUUGUAUGCAAUGUGGCUGAUGUUUAAGUACCCCUCCUGUAGGUUCAGUUGGCAAAAAUCCUCACGUUCAAAUCAACACUCCCCGUCGCAAUGACACACCGAAUCUGCGCCUCACCACCCGCACCAGCAGCCCCCGCUGUUUUCCUUGGUGUCCCGUUCGAUUCACCAUUGGCGCCCUCACCAUUGACCGCCGGGACAUCCUUGACGAUCGAAGGCGCCCACCGGAUACACUGCACGAAAUGCCCGUGUGCGUCCCCUAUCGUCUUGACACAUCUACCCUCCUGGGUCAGAUCCCAGCACCGCAACGUAUAAUCAUCAGCCACCGACAACAAGUAUUUUCCACCAGGGUGGAAGACAAGGCCCCGCACCCAGUUGUCGUGGCCCACCAAUAUCUUGAUACACGUCCCUCUCGCAUCCCACAGCCGAAUCGUUUUGUCUCUUGAGCCGGUCGCCAUGAACUCUACGGCACUCGUUGCUGGUGGCUUCUUGAUCCCUGCCAUGGCGGCAAGAUGUGGAUAAGCAGCCGCAGGAGCAAUGGCGCAACAUAACACAACGUGCUCGUGUCCGAUCAGUGUGGUCUUCGGCUCCGGGUUCGGUAUCGAGACGUCCCACAAUCGGCCGGUAUAAUCGUCACUCGUCGACAAGAUGAACCUCCCGUCAAUGGAUGGGCAGACAUCACGGACCCAUUCGGCGUGUCCUCGAAGAGUCUUUACGCAAUAGCCUGUGCUCACAUCCCAUAUCCUCAACGUCUUGUCUCGACUCGCGCUGACAAGGAGGUUGCCGGUACCACCUGCUACCCCUGACGGGAUGAAUCGAACUGCGCUGACGCUGUGGUCGUGACCAGGGAGCGUUCGGAUAUUCUUGUAGUCGUCUGAUGGGUCCCAGAGCUUGAUGGUCAAGUCUGAGCUGCACGAGGCAAGCAAGGUGUUUCCCCUAGGUCCGCCGAAAUCGACAUCGAGCACAGCUUUGGUAUGGCCUUUGAUCGUCCUUUCGAGCUCGCCCAGCUCCCAGUCCCAAAUCUUGAUGGUUUGGUCCUCCGAGCCGGAAGCCAGUGAUGAGAAUACUGGGUGGAAGGCGACGCAUGUGAUUGGAUUUCGGUGGGAUUGCAGCGUGUGGCGGGCUGGAGAUUUGGGCAGCCAGGCAACUGGAUCUUUAUUUUGUCGGGACGUGGGGGUGCUGUUUUCGAGCUCUGAUUGCAAAGUGCUAUUCCGGGACUCGAGAUCCAUGAUCUGGGAAAGAAUGUCAGAUGGACAGGCCAACAAACACAGAAACCGACCACGCGACUGACCUUCUUUUGUAACCGCACGACACUCGUCCAUUUCUUUUCUAGCAGCCCCUCAUACUUCUUUGCGGUUGCUGGAUCAAACACAUCCUCCCCAAGGUUGAGCUCGGAUCGCAGAGCCGACGCGGUAUUCGAAAGGUUGUUGGCAGUAAGGUAGGCGAUGAUGGCUUUGUGUCUGCAUCGCUGUCAGUCCCUGCCUGCCUCGGCUUCGUCAAGACCAACCCCGCCCGCUGUGGACGUGAUCACACGACAGGAAACCUACAGCUCCUCAGCCUGACGGGUGGUCAGGAUGUUUGUAUUCAUCGCGGAGACUCGGAGGGCAACCUGGAGCCCCCGGGCCGUGCCGUUCUGCUAGAGCGGGAGACAGGAAAUGGCGGGGAAAUUUAUCGGCCUGAAAUCAGCGGUCGGGAACCUUCUCGUCUCGGCGGCGGCCGUUGGGUUGAAAUCGGUGUCAAGAGGUGAUGUAUUCUUUGAGGUGGAUUCCGGGUGGGCAUGGAAGAAUGGCGGAAGGUUGUUGGUGACAAACAACAGCGUCGGGAAAGGGGUGGCGCUUUGUUCGAGAAGGUUUCGUCGAAUGUCUGUUUCAAUCCCAAUCCUCAGAUGCACGCGCGGAUGGAUUGGGUGGAUGGUUGGAGGGGUCGUGAAAAGUGGACCUGGGGUACUGUGGAAGGCGAGGUGUCCAGGGUUUGUGGUUGGGCUUCCAGACACGGAUAUCAACUCAGGGCUGAAGAUGGGAGUUCUGGAUGGAGGCGGUGUUGCCGUAGGUAAAGGAUCUCAUGGUCCCUCUAUGGCGGGCAUCCAGCGGGGCAGAACAACACUUGAAACUCGAAAGCAAGCUCGCAAUCUGUGGUGGGUGGCAUUUGCUGUCGCUGGCCAUCCAAUUCCCAUGCUCGCUGCCGGGCCUGCCAAGAUAGAGAGGUCGGGCCACGACAGCUGCCACAGGAGGCUGCCAGCCGUGUCAAGCCUCAGCCAGUGACAUCACCUCAGCCACACUGUGGUUUAGUUUCUGCAGCAAUUCCCUAUGUCAACAAUUGCCAGAGCGAAGUCUGUCAGUGGAAAGAAGGGUCCAGUCAGCAUCCCCGCCAUCAGAGAAAGACAAGAGGAAAUUACCAACAACUGGAGAGGCAGUGCAUAUGCGCACAUAGGAUAAUCAAGGGAUCAAGAGACUCCCUACUUGUACCCAAACUCCAUCAGAGCAUUUCUUAUUCAUUGUGGUGUUUAUCUGCAUCCAUAGGCAACUGUCAGUGACAGCGAAUGGCCCCACACCCACACCUGUCCCGCAGAGCCAAGAACACAGGGUCAGGGCGCCCCAGACACGCUUUCUCACCGCGAGCCAGCCUUGAGCGAGAAAUCUUGGGCGGCAAGUCACAACAACUGCAAUUGUCAACAACCACCGCGCAGACGAUCCUUUUCGGCGAACAUCCUCGCAACAAUCGGCCCCCGCCGAGCAAGAGCUUCCCCUCGCUCUCCUUCUAGAAGCCAAUCACGCGCAACAGCCAGCUCGGUCUCGACACCAAACCCAACAAGUCGCAAAGAAAACAGCUGCUGGCUUUUGCUUUGUUGCUUCACCCCUCGCACGCUCAGAAAAACGCAAGACUUGCCUCUCGACCGACAGACUUACGAACCACACCGACCAGCUUGCCCACAGUCCUCGGAAGCACUUGCUGAAAUUCUGCCUGCUUGAUUCCGACUCUACCACCACAUCACCAUCCAUUGAAGAAGAACAGCCCGCCAUGGCUGACGGAGAAGAAGACUUUAGCUCUUUGCCCCUUACAGAUCGCUGGGUCCACAAGGUCUGGAAAGUACGAAAACAGGCAUACGAGGAGGCUGCCCAGGCAUUCGAAAAGACCCCCGACGAGUACGACCCAGCAUUCCGACCAUUCAUCCAAGAUCCGAGCUUGUGGAAGACAGCAGUCGCAGACUCCAACGUUGCUGCUCAACAAGAUGGCUUGGCUGCCCUCUGCGCAUUUCUGAAAUUUGGCGGCCGCGAAGGCGGUGUACGAGCCAGACAACAUGCUGUCACAUCAAUUUGCGAGAAGGGCCUGUCCUCCACGAGAGCGGCGACGAAGGCGUCAGCAGUCGAAGCGUUGCUCCUCUUCAUCGAGAUUGAUGUUCCCGGCCCGGUGAUCGAAGAGAUUCUGCCGGUGCUUUCCAACAAGCAACCCAAGGUUGUUGCUGCGGCGCUUAAUGCUUUGACCCAGAUCUUUCACAACUAUGGCUGCAAAACAGCGGAUCCCAAACCCGUUCUCAAGAUUCUACCCAAGGUGUUUGGCCACGCCGACAAGAAUGUGAGAGCAGAGGCGACGGGGUUGGCGGUCGAGUUCUAUCGGUGGCUGCGCGAGGCUAUGAAGCCAAUGUUCUGGGGCGACCUCAAACCAACACAGCAGACAGAUCUCGAAGCGCAGUUUGAGAAGAUCAAGGCCGAAGGUCCAGCGAAGCAGGAGCGAUUGUUGCGAUCACAGCAAGCGGCCAAGGAACGGGCACCUGCGGCAGGUGGUGACGAGUAUGGAGAGGAGGGAGAAGAGGAGGAAGAGGCUGGUGAGGUUGACGCUUUUGACCUGGCCGAGCCACAAGACGUCAUCAGCAAAGUGCCCAAGGAUUUCUACGACAACCUGGCCUCGUCCAAGUGGAAGGAGAGAAAGGAAGCUUGCGAGGCCUUGUAUGCUAUUGUCAAUGUGCCAAGGAUCAAGGAUGGUGAUUUUGGUGAGAUCACCCGCUGCUUGGCCAAAUGCAUGAAGGACGCCAACAUUGCGGUCGUCACUCAGGCAGCGCAAUGUAUCGAAAUGCUCGCCAAGGGUCUGCGCAAGGGCUUCGCCAAGUAUCGUUCCAACGUCAUGCAGCCUAUCAUGGAGAGAUUGAAGGAAAAGAAGGUUACGGUUGCUGAUGCGCUUGGUGCUGCGCUGGACGCUGUGUUUCUUUCUACCAACUUGACCGAGUGCUUGGAAGAUAUCACCACAUUCCUCGUUCACAAGAACCCCCAGGUCAAGGAGGGAACCAUGAAGUUUCUUGUCAGGUGUCUUCGAACAACCAGGGAGGUGCCGAGCAAGCAGGAAAUUGCCAGCAUCGUUGAAUGCGCCAAGAAGCUGCUCUCCGAGGGUAGCGAGGUUCUUCGGUCUGGCGGUGCCGAGAUUCUGGGAACCAUCAUGAAGAUCAUUGGCGAAAGAGCCAUGAACCCCCAUCUCGAAGGUCUUGAUGAUAUCCGAAAGACCAAGAUCAAGGAGUUCUUUGAGACGGCCGAAGUCAAGGCCAAGGAUAAGCCGAAGCCGCCGCCGCCAGCUCCCGCUGCGCGGGGGCCACCACCCAAGAAGACGUUGGGCGCAAAGAAGGCCCCUCCUGGUCUCAAAAAGGCAUCCCCGGCAGCCGCCGCACCGCCGCCAGAGCCUUCACCUCCACCUGCGCCGCCAGCUGCUGCGCGUCCCGGUCCUGCGGGGAACAAGCUCGGGAAGCCAGGGCUCGGGGGUCUCAAGGCACCACAGAAGCGCACUCUCAGUGGUCCUGCCGCCGGCGCUGCUUCACCGCGUAGACCGGCGGCCCCUCGCGUGCCAUCACCUGCAUUUGAGCCGGAAUACGAAGAGGAGGAGCCUAUUCCCGCUUCUCCCCCACCAAAGCCGCGCAUCGGUUUGGGACGCGGUGGUCUCGCUGGCCGCUCACUCGCCAAACCAGCUGCGCCAUCAGCCCCCGUGCCCGCUGCCUCCCCAUCCCCGACCUCUACCUUCUCACACAUGGAACGUGCCGAGCUGGAGGAAUUGCGCAUGGCCAAUGAGCGCUUGCUCAAACAGCUAGAUGACGCUCGUCACGACCGGUCCAAGCUGACAUCAGAAAUUCAGGAGCUCAAGAACCAAAAUGCUCAGUUGAUUGAGGAUCACACGAGAGAUGUACUUUCCAUCAAGGCCAAGGAGACACAGCUGGUGAGAGCUCGCAGUGAUGCCGAGGCUGCCGAACAGACAAAUGAGCGGCUACGACGCGAGCUGGACCGUUUGAAGAGGGCGCUCAGUAAGGCCGAAGCCGCCCUCAACAAUGGUGGGGGCGCAGACAGCCCUGUAUCCCCCAGUCUUGGAUUCCGGGCUCUGAGCCCAACGCACGAUGAUGGCGGGAUCUACCGUGACAACGCUCUUCCUCCUAGUGCGGGUAGAGCCCGCCAAAGCUUCGCCAGCACCCUUAGCGAGGAGAAGGAGAACGGCGACGGUGUGCCGCACCCUCGAAAGAUGGCUCCCCCAGAGUCCAGGUACGCGGGCAGCACCGCUAGCAGCGGCCGCGCCAGCCCAGCUAGAGGGUUUAGGCGAGACAUUUCCGGCGGUGACGACAGAGACAUUCGCAAUAACGAUAGUGCUAGUGGCAGCGGUGCCUAUGGCGGAUAUGGUGACCGGGCGGGGAGCAGGUUGGGCGAUCCUCCAAUCAAUGCUUCUGGUGCUCCCGCGACGUCUGGCAUGGAGAGCUGGAGAAGAGCUGCCGAGGUGACGAGCCAGCUGAAGGCCAGGAUUGAACUUAUGAAGGCAAAGGCAGCGAGCAGACCUCAGUAG